CCGCAUCUUCCUCCUCCCGUCCAAUCCGUCAAUUCUUUCACCGUCAAAAUGGUCGUUAUGUACAACAUCAUGGGCCGCCAGGUCGGCUCCCACCACCUCGCCCUCGGUAUCCUCACCUCCCUCUUCGCCGGUAUCGGUUACGCCUCAAGCGGCGGUAGCAAGAAGAUCACUGGCUCGACUCCUCCCAUCAACGCUUCAUCCAAGGACGAGGCAGACUUCAUUCAGCAGUUCCUCAAGGAGAGCGAGAAGAAGGAGGCCAAGCACUAGAUUCCGGAAGCCAGGAAAUAAUCUGUUCUCCAAUCAGACAGAAAAGCUAUGGGAAUUACGAGUCAAAGCCAAUCUCGUGUGUAUAUAUAUUCUACACCGAUGUCCCUCUCCACAAGUG